CAGUAUUUGUGGUAAUCAGCAACGAAUUCUACUACCAUCCUCCUUAAUUCUAAUUAGUGAAUGAAACAAAUCUGCAAGUUAUUUUGUAUUGUUUGGUAAGUGACAUACAAUGGGCGAACAGCUCGAAAAUGUGAACCCAAAGUUGUAUAAAAAAGUGGAUGACAGACAAAUCACUGCAAAUGACGAAGAUGAAGAUAUUGUCGAUGAAUUUGAUUCUCGAGAAAUAUUUGAUUUAAUUCGCAAUAUCAACGAUCCGGAACAUCCCCUAACUCUUGAGGAGUUGAAUGUCGUUGAACAGAGUCUUAUCGAAAUUGACAAUAAGCGUAACAAAGUGAAUGUCAAGUUCACCCCAACGAUACCACACUGCAGCAUGGCAACUCUGAUUGGUCUUUCCAUAAGAGUUCAACUUCUGCGUGCUCUUCCUUCAAGGUUUAAAGUGAAUGUCGAAAUUGCACCAGGUACACAUGCCUCGGAAACAGCUGUAAAUAAACAACUUGCUGAUAAGGAAAGAGUGGCAGCUGCACUUGAGAAUAAUCACCUCAUUGAAGUUAUUAACCAAUGCAUUGCUGCAAAGAUGUGAAUUAUGAAUAAUGGAGUUGAAUAUCAUAGAAAUAGAAAAUUGAGCUCUUGAACCAUUACAGGCAAACACUGAUGUUAUGGACGUAUGAAAUUCAUUAUUCAAUAAUGUGUACACAAAAUGACUAAAGUUCUUUUAUUGCUUAA